CAGUUAGUUAAAGCCUGCUAACCCUCACUUAUCGGAGGCAUUCUGCUAUCAAAGCAGGUUACAUUCCAAGAGCUCUACUGGAGGAAUGUACAUCCACCACAAAAGAAACAAAACAGUCACAUGAAUGACACAGGCUAUGUGACCAGACUUCGCUAGGACUUCGUAAUGCAUGGACUUGCAUACGUCCAACAGAUCUUCCUCUACAAAUACUUUUAGAAAAUCAGUAAGGGUUAAAAUUCAUCUGAUUUAUUCACCCCAUGCAACUGGGACUUCUACGUAGCUAUCGGAAACCUGUUUACUUCAAAUAGACCGACAUCCAGUACUCCGAUCAAUUUGGAACUUGGUUCGAUAUUUUAUUUUAAAUGGAACUAGUGGCUCUUUUUCUGCUGGCAGAGGCAAUGUUUUUCCAUUCAAGAAUUAACGGUUCGCCAAUUGAUCAGAUAGAACAUUUUUCAUUGCUUCUUAACAAAACCUAUUCCCAAAAUGACAAUCAGCUCCAUCUCACAAGUCAGAACAUCAACAGCAUUCCAGUUAAUGCCUUCCAAAAUAUCAGUGCUCUGGAAAGACUCGAGCUGUCGGACAACAAUCUGACUGACAAUGGCCUGCCCUGUGGAUCCCUGAACAUAACAACAUUAAAGCAUUUGAGCGUGGCCUGUAAUCAACUUACACGUGCCCCAUCCUGCCUACCGACAGCUCUCAAAUAUCUGGACUUAAGCCACAACGCCAUUCAGCAGAUUGCAUUUUCAAAGUUUAUGAACCUCCACAACUUAACCACUUUACUUCUCAGUCAUAAUAAAAUCUCAACCAUCACUUAUUCGGGGACCGUGCUCCCACACCUUGCUUCACUGGACCUCGGCUACAACAAAUUCACAAAGUUACAGUGGAAAUUUAAAGGGCCCAAUCUCACCUCUCUCAGACUGGAAGGAAACCCUUUGCAAAAGAUCAGUCCGCAUGAUUUCAGUCCUUUCCCCAAGCUUCAGUACCUUAACUUGUCCUCAACGUCUUUGGAAUCAUGCAGUCACAAAGCAUUUGCGACCGAUACAGAAAACAUCAAAGUACUUGAUCUGAGCGAAAACCUUUUCAAAACCUUUGACCGACAGUGCUUUGAUGGAUUAAGCAAUCUGCAGACCCUGUGGAUGAGACGGCUGCCCUUCCUUCAGUCUCUGCCCGUUGACCUGUUCCUCCACACUUCAAGUCUUAUUCAUGUGAACUUGGACGAAAUUCCGCAGCUAUAUUUUUUGAACAGUAGCAUGUUUGAACGGCUCCGACAUUUACAGACACUUUCUCUCCAAAGCUGCAACCUGACAGAAUUCAGACCCUGGACACGCUUCAAUAAUUCAACCAUCAAAAUAACCCUCUUUGGAAACCGCUUGGCGUGCAGCUGUGAGCUCACCUGGCUGACGAGGGAACCAGAAAAGAUAUUACUGACCAGAACAAAUGAUACCAGAUGUAUAAAGAGUGGUCGACAAAAAAAGAUCUUAUUGGCAUUCCUCAUUGAUCAAUGCAACAGAAAUGAAAACUCCAUGCAAAAAUUACAGCCUAAUGUCAGAUCUACACAAACUAUUGUCAAUGCAAGCAGCAAAUUACCAACACCAAGUUCAACUAGGUCUAAAAUCAGCAUCACCUCAUCUUUCACAGAGAGUACAAACCUGCUGAAAACGUUUCUUUACACGUCUUCCAAGUCAAGCCCUGGUUCUUUACCAACUGAAGAAAGUGCCAUACAAAAAUAUCAAGCUUGGAAUAAAAUUAAAUCAAGGCUUAAUAUGUCAACAACGCUGCCCACCACAACCAGAGAUCAAGUGGCUCCUGAACUUUAUUCAACAACUACCAGAGAUCGUAUGGAGGCAAGUACUUACCCAACAACCUCCAGAAAUAAAAGCCCGUCCAAACGUUACCCACUGACAACAGUCAGAAGUCAAACCAGAACUAAAUCCAAACUGAAAAGCAGAUAUCAAAUUAGGCCCAGCCCUGUUACAACCACCAGAGAGCAAAUGGCAUCUGGAUCUUACUCAACAACCUACAGAGUUCAAACAGACACCAAAACGUACCCAACAAUCAGAGAUCAAACACGGAUCAAACUUCACCCACCAACAGUCAGAGAGCAAACUGUGACUGAACCUUACUCGAUAACUAGAGAUCAAACUGUGACUGAACCUUACUCGAUAACCAGAAAUCAAAUUGUGACCGAGCCGUACUCAAUAACCAGAGAGCAAACUGUGACAGAGCCGUACUCAAUAACCAGAGAGCAUACUGUGACAGAGCCGUACUCAAAUACCAGGGAUCAAACUGUGAUUGAGUCUUACAUGAAAAUCAGAGACCAAACUGUGACUGAAUCUAACUCAACGACAAGUGGAGAUCAAAUGGUGAUCAAGCCUUACUCAACAACCGGAAAACCCUUUGAGACUGAACUUCACCUAUCGACAGCCAGAGAUGAAACUGUGACUGAACUUUCCACGACAACCACAGAUCAAACUACGACCACACCCCACCCAGCAACAAUUGGAGACCAUACAGCGAUCAAAUCGCACUCACCAACAACCAGCGAUCAUACUGGGACCAAGCCCUACCUGACCAUCGUGGAUCAAACUGGAACCGAACCCAAUGGGACAAUCAGAAACCAAACUGGGCAUGAACGGAACCUGACCAUUACCAGGGUGCAAACUGCCCACAAAUAUUACCCAUCUAUUAACCGAGAGAAAGCUAGCACUAAGCAUUACCCAGCAAUGACAUUGCAAACUUCAACAACACCAGCACGCUCCACUGUCUCCACCACCAAAAAGGGACCGAAAUUUAUAGUGAUUGACGAUGCCGAUGAUGCAGAGUCUUUGGAAAAAGAGGAAAUCACAAGUCCUCUACCCGGUGACUGUAAUUAUGAUCCAUGUAGACACUGGCAGGUACCUUGUCAUGAGCUGCAACAUUUGACAGACUGCCGUUGCCCUGCCACAACUGGGGAAGACGUCAUCCCAGAGUCAGUGAAGAUACAGAAGGUUAUUAAGAUUUCAGACAAUGCAGCCGAAAUCUACUGGUGCUCGCCUAGUUCCACAGUGCUGUAUUACUAUAUUAUCUAUCAAUCAGACGAGAACAGGCGUUUGUACAAGACGGACACCAUCAAACCAACAUAUCGGAGAUAUACCUUGCGCGACCUUACUGCAGACAGUACUUAUCACACUUGUGUGGUGGCUGUGAAUAAUGCAGGAUCAAGUACUGCAAGCAGCAUCUGGCCCUCAAAAGGCCCCUGCUAUAUAUUCAAGACUAAGCCAAACUACAAUAAUAUUUUUUAUAUAACGUCUACUGUCAUUAUUGUCAUUCUCUUCAUACUUGUAGUUAUUCUGUCUUUUUGCUUGUGCAAAAUUCACCAAAAGAGACGAUUGAUCAAUUUAUCCAGCAUAAGCUUGGAUCCCCUCAGCUUGCAAAAUCCAGCAUUUGAUGACCAUCUGGAGCUGGCAGAUUCAAGAACAAUACGCUCAAGAACCCCAGACUCUGAACAGAUUCUCUAACAUUAAAACUUAAAAUAACUCUGAGGGAACCUCCACCCAAAAAAAAUGUAAUAAUGUAGCAAUUUAUAGCAACAUUUUGGAAUUUACUUCAUUGUACUUUAGCAAUCUCUACUGUAAUUUAUAAGAGUCCUCUCAGAAAGGGUAGAAGAUACAGAUUUUUAAUGAAUCAUUUAUUCACCUUGCUAGCCGGAAGAAAUUAAAUACUUGUACGUGAAAUGAAACAAUACAUCUCCUGUAUGCGCUUCUUUGGAAAAUAAAAAGAUUUAUACUGUGA